UCGGGGGGGCGGUGACAUAUUUUACCCGUCAUCGUCAUAAUUUUGUGAAUUUAAUAGAAAAACACCUGAAAACAGUGCCGUAUAAACGUGUAAAUUAUUUUUUUUAAUACAUAACGUGAAAAUGGCGGGUCAGACAAUAAACGAUAGGCUGUUAGCAGCCCGACACAGCAUCGCCGGGCAGGGAUUAGCAAAGUCCGUCUGCAAAGCGACUACAGAAGAAAUGAUAGCGCCGAAAAAGAAACAUUUAGAUUAUUUAGUACACUGCACGAACGAGCCUAACGUGUCGAUACCGCAGCUGGCCAACUUGCUCGUCGAGCGCACCCAGAACACUAAUUGGGUUGUCGUUUAUAAAGCGCUGAUAACCGUUCAUCAUCUACUCGCUUACGGGAAUGAGAGGUUCACACAAUAUUUAGCAUCGAGUAAUUCAACGUUUCAACUAAAUAAUUUCCUAGACAAAAGCGGAGUACAAGGAGCGGCCGGUGCGAGGAUCGGAUAUGACAUGUCUCCGUUCAUCCGGCGCUACGCUAAAUACCUCAAUGAGAAGGCGCUUUCAUACAGGACUGUCGCCUUUGACUUCUGCAAGGUCAAAAGGGGCAAGGAGGAAGGCUCGCUCCGCAUGAUGAACGCGGAGAAACUCCUAAAGACCCUGCCGGUCCUCCAGGCUCAGUUGGACGCACUCCUGGAGUUCGACUGCACCGCCAACGAUCUCACCAAUGGAGUCAUCAAUAUGUGCUUCAUGCUGCUCUUCAGAGAUCUCAUUAGAUUAUUCGCGUGCUACAAUGACGGCAUCAUAAAUCUACUAGAGAAAUACUUCGACAUGAACAAGAAGAACUGCCGCGAAGCUCUCGAUCUCUAUAAAAAGUUCCUGAUCCGAAUGGAUAGAGUUGGGGAGUUCUUGAAGGUAGCGGAGAACGUGGGCAUCGACAAGGGCGACAUCCCUGACCUCACCAAGGCGCCCAGCAGCCUCCUGGACGCGCUGGAGGGCCACCUCGCCACGCUCGAGGGCAAGAAGGGCUCCGCCGCCAACACUCCCACUCAAACAGCCAGUGCCCAGAAGAACGUGGCCAGCGUCAUGGGAGCCCUGUCGUCCACGUCGUCCUCGUUCGGCAACGCGGCCGCCUCCACGCGCCUCGACUACCCGCCCGCCGCCGCCGCGCUGCUCAUCGACGACUCGCUGCGACAGCAGGCCCUCGCCGAGGAGGAGGCCGCCAUGAACCAGUACAAGGUGCACUUGUUGCAAGGAGACGAGCUGACCGGAAACGAAGACUUGACGGAAAUAAUCAACAAGGUACAGUCGCCGACGAACGCGGCCAACAACCCGUUCCUAGGCGCGGGGGCUCCGCCCGGCGGCCAGCACGCCAUCGUGGACCUGUUCGGGCCCGCGCCCCCCGCCGGCGCCGCCGCCCCGCCAGCCAAGGCCUCCGACGACCUGCUCUCCCUCGGCAACCCCUUCGCCGACAUGUUCGGGGCCCCGUCAGCUCCGGCGCAGGGCUCCGCCCCGAUGUGGGCGGCGGCGCCCCAGCCCGCGCCCCCCACCAACGGAUUCGCGGCCUUCGCCCCCGCGCCUGCGACACAACAAAACAACACGUUCGUUUCAGAGGCUAACUUCUCUAACGUAUUCAAUAACACUGACAGCACAGCCGCGGCGCCCAACCCGUUUAUGGGCAUGGGGGAGUCGUCCCCCUCGCGGCCCCCGCUGCCCCCCCAGCCCGCGCAGCCGCCCAAGUCCGCCUUCGACGAGCUAGAGGACGUGCUCCGCAUGUCGCUGGGCUCGCCGGCCAAGUGCCAGCCCGUCACGCAGCAGCCGACGGCGCAGCACCAGUCCGCCGACGUCAUGUCGAUGCCGAUGAUGUUCGGCUCGCCGGCCCGCCAGCCGAUGGCGCCGAUGAGCGGUCACCAGGCGCCGCAGCCCGGGAAGGUGCUCACGGGAGACCUGGACUCGUCCCUCGCGUCGCUCGCUAAUAACCUCUCCAUCAACAAGACAGCUGCGGCCCAGAAACCGAUGCAGUGGAACUCCCCGAAGAACGCGUCGAAGCCGGGACAGACCUGGAGCCCGCAGCCCAUGCAGGCCACGACCGGCGCCGGCUACAGGCCGAUGGGCCCCGGCAUGACCUUACCGACCAUGCCCCACACUUUGCCCCACACAUACCACCCCCCGCAUUAUGUUCUGCAACAACCCGGCAUGGCGAUGGGCAUGCCCGGAGCCCCCAUGAUGCCCAUGGCGAUGGCCGCUCCCAUGCGACCCGCCGUACCCCCACAGCCCACCACCAACCAGUUCAGUUAAACCGGAAACACCACCGAAAGGUUUUUAUGUAUCAUCACCACCGACUGUUCCUGGUCAAACAUAAACCACAUCCAAUCUUAGCAGUCUGACUUCAUAUAAACUUGGAACCUGUCAGAGAUUGAACGAAAGGAAUAGAUAAAUUAUUUCUUAAUCAUCUUUUUGUUGAGUAACGGAACAGUCGGAACGUAGUAGUAUUUGGAGCCAUUUGUCUAUGAGAUUUAGUUAGGUACGUUUGUGCUAAGUACCCCGUGUUGCGCUUAAACCUGAAUAGGAGAUAAUAAUUGUUCGGUCUUUAAGGCCCCACUUUAAUUAUAAAGUGUCCCUAGACACUGGGCCCCGUUGUCUAAUUUUAACAUCGCCCGUCUGAAUUUAAAAAAAAUCCAUCUACUUGCUACUGUGGCGCCAUCUUAAUUGGCAUUUUUUAAUACACUGAGUUAAUACUCCUUACUUCCAUACGUUUGAAGAACGUUCUCGUAGGUAUUUCAGGUCGUUUCCGUUUGACACGUCUUUUUUUAUAAGGGAUUUUAUGAACUGGUAACUAAAACCUUUAGGUCAAAUACGAACUGUCAGUUGCAGCCACAGAUUAAUUAUAUCAUUGAUGUAACUCUGUACUCUGUAUAGAGUAUGAUGUUAAAAUUAGACAAUACGGUCCCUGUUUAUUUUGUAUAAAAUAGUGUUUUUUUUUUUUGAAGUUACCACUUUAAAUUUUAAGUGGUUUUCAUUUUUUUCAUCCGUUUUAUUUUAUUUUACAUUAAAAUAAAAUUAUUAGUAUGAUGAUGAUGAUGAUAUGAAUAGAAUUAUUUACGCUUUAUUCUUGUGUAUUUAUUGGAAGUUAAUAUGAAAUCAUAAUAUUUGUAAUUUUCGUUGAUAUUGUUAUUCUCAAUCAUUAAAUCUUAUGUUGCUUUUUUUAAUGAUUUUAUCUUAUGAAAUGUUAUUUUAGUUUCCACGUCGCGAUGAUCACAUUCCAUUAUUGUAAAAAUACAUGAAGUCGUCGCGUAGGGAUGUUUCAUUUCAAUAAUGAGAGUUUAAUCGAAAUGUUAAUAUCUAGCAAACAGCCUAUUCGUUUAUUGAUUUUAAGCUGUUCCAAUAAAAAGUAUUUUUUUGUCGUUAUUUGUAUGUACGUCAUGUUAAAUUUGAUUCCCAAUGGCUUAUAAAAAAAACAAUUCCGGCCUUGUCAGACAACUGCUCGUGAUGCGAAUAUGGUCUAGGAUCAACUGUGACCAAUUCUUGUGUCUUGGGGAAUAAAAUUGCAACUAAAAAAAAAAACAAUUGCUCUAUUUUUACUGGAACAGCCUUUAAAAAUAAUGUAUUGAUUAAAUUAACUUAAUAUUCAAAAUAUAUGUAAAACAUGUUAGUCCUUAAUAUUAAGCCUGUGUUGAUUAGAAAAGUUGCCGUUAAAAUAAAAAUUGUAACCACUUAAUAUCCAUUAUUAUGUAAAAAUUAUAAUAAUUGGUAAAGAAAAAAAAACAGAGAUUCUCUGAUUUGGAUAUUUCAUACUAGAUUAUUUAGCACAAAAAUUUUUUGGCAACACCUUCGAUUUUGAGUAACAGCAACACUUAAUAUUUCGUCAUCUAGUCUGAUCGAUUGCUGGGAUGUGACCAAUCAAUGUGGCAAUGAAUAUUGACCUCUAAAGCCCCACAUCCGAGUCAUGAUACUGAACAUCUACUACAUAACCGUAACUUGCUGUAUGAGAGCCGAAACUUAGACGAAAGCAAAAGCGGUCCGUUUUUGUAUUCAGUAUGUUAAUUUAAAAUCAUCUAACGUCGUCUUGACAUUACAACAGUAACACAAAUGUCAAAAUCAAAUCUUCAGAACUGUCACUUGUCAAUAAACAACAUCACAUCUGAACAAUGUAUCAUACGACGUUUGAAAUAAUAAUUUGUAAUCACACGGAAAUAUCCAAAUGAACGAGUCUCGAAUAUUUUCGUGUAUAAUAAAAUAUAGUAUGUUUAAAAGAAUACCUACAUUAGAUUGUUGUAUAAUUAGAAGUUACGGGUGUAUAUUGUACGGCUGUUGAUUUUACAGAUGUCGCUUAGGUGCUUGGUUAAGUAGAGGUUCCAGUCACGUUGCAGUAAUUACAAAUAUGAAAGCCACCACGUU